CCGAUUAGAUGCAGCUCCGAGCUUGCUCAUUCCCAUUCAACUGUUUUUGUGUACGCAAAUAUUCGAUCGCACUUAACCAACAAAUCGGUUUUUGUUUUUUGUUUGCACAAUUUUUAACCGGGAUGUUGUAAGAGAAAUUGGUGAAUCUUUUGAUUUUUAUCAACAACAAAAAACGACAAAAGAGAAGAAAAUUGGCAGUUAACACUGUAAAAAAAAUAUUGUGUUGAAUUUUUAGUUCAAAUUUAUAUUUUUUGUUUAAAAAAUUUGAAUUUUUACCAAACGACAAAAAAAAACCAGAAAAUUCAUUGAAACGUGUUAAUCGAUUUGAGUUUAGUCGAAAUGUUGAAAUAGCAAAGAGAAAGUCUAAGACAAAUAACAAAAAUAAAACCGUAAAACCAAUUUUGAUAACGGAGCGUUGGUCGAAAUUUGAGACGAAACAAUUUGUGACUUUUUCUGUUCCGUUUAAAUUUGGAAAUUUGUUUUAUUUUUGUGUGUGACCAAAAAUAAAGAGAAGCAUCAGUUUAGCCAAAAUGGAAUCAACAAAUGCUGUGAUGUUAUUAUUUUUGUGCAUGGCAUGUUUGGCUGGAAUCAGUGCCAAAACCAACACAGCCGGCAACACUGACACCGACACCAAUCGUUUAAAUGGUGAUUUUAACGAAUUAUCGUCCAACGAAUUAUCAACCGAAAUCGAUAACUGCCAUGAAGCAUGUUUACAAAAGUUUUCAUUGGACGAGGCUACAUGUGUGGAGGCACCUGUUUGUACAGAGUGCUGGGAAAGAUGCAAAAGUAUAUCGUCGCAUCAACAGGCAAUCGCUCAAAAUCAAUGGCAAUUACGGAUUGCAUCGAUGAUUAAGCAAGAAUUUCUUGUUGCAACGCAUUUGGCAUGGGAACCAACCAAUAAACUCAUCAAUUGCCUUGUCACAUGGGAGGUCUUCGGUGGCGGUUUAAUGGGCAAUCUAUUGACCGAUUCGGCUAAUGUUGAAUUAUCCCUUUGGCCAGACACAAAGUACCGUGUUCAAGUCACGUGUGCUCGCAAAGACUCGGGCAUUACAGUCAAAUCGUAUCCAUUGACGGUGGACACAAGUCAAGCAAUUAAAAUGAAACCCGAAUCGUCGUCAUCAUCGGAAAAUGAGGAAAACACUAAUGAGCUGUCAACAAAUGCAGAGCAAUCAAGUGACUUUGCUGAAAACUAUCGUCGUCGUCUAAUUAGUGUGAACGAUGCGGAGUAUCGGUACAAGUCGUUGAUGUUGGGUGUAUGCGCUGCACUCAUUGCAUUCCUCUUUAUAUUGACGGUGUUCUUUGCGAGCAGACGAAACGAUGACAAAACCAUCGAACAACAACAGAGCAGCGGGCUACUCAACGAAGUGAUCACCGUUCGCAGUUAGAUUGUCACACUGAAUUUUUGUAACAUUUUGAACAUUUUUUUCUUUGCUAUUACGAUUUUUUUUUCUCUAAGUUUAGCCAUUUAAUAAUCGUUAUUUUGAUCUAAGGCUCGUUUUAGACUUUAAUAACUUUAUUACCAUUUUUUUUCUUCAAAUUUCUCAUCUUUCUUCAAAAUCAAUUCAUAUUUUCCAUUUUUUGAUUCUGCUCAUUUAUUAUUCAAUUAUAUAAACGAAAAAUAACACAAAAUUAUAGCCGAACCAAAAACCGUUUCAUUUGCGGUUUUUACGUUUUGUAUUUUUUUCCCCGUCGAAUCGCAUUUAUUAAUAGUAGAGAGGAAGAAGGGUAUAAGACAUUUGUACAAAAUACAAAAAAAACAGACAACAGAGAAUGGAGAACUUUUAGUAAUUUUAAACGUUUCAAUGUUUAGCGCUUAGGAGAUUUCAUUCAUAAGAUAAGAUUUAACGAUUACAUUGGUGCGAGAAGCAGCAGCAGCCGCAUAGUAAACGAAGAAGAUGUAAAUUAAAAUUUCCGCUAUGGAAAUCACUUUCAUCGUGUAUAUAGCAAUAUAAUGUAUAAAAUCUAGUCCGUUAAUUGUGUAAAAUAAAGGAAAAUGAAGUAUGAAUGCGUUAAGAUUAAAUAAUUUAUUAUAUCGAUGUCAAUAUUAUGGUAAACUAUUUUCAAACAAAAGAACAACCAUCAUUCAGAGUAAGGAAAACUGUGUGAAUAAUAUUGUUAUAAUGACAAAAAACAAAAUCGAUGAAAAGAGAAACAGACAGAAAGAAGAAAAAAAAACCAGCAAGCCCAUUGAUGGUGUGGACUGCACACAUAUGAUCAAUGGCGAAUAUUCAAAAAUAAAAUGUUGAAAAAGAAAUGACA